AUGGGCUGCUCUCCCUCGAAAGGGAAUAACUUCAGUGGAUCACAAGGACCUUUUAGAAGAGGGAGAACUCUGCUUCCAGGGACACAGGAAAGUACAGGGGAGUUACAAUCUGACAAGUGUGAGGAUGGAUGUUCAGGGUCUGGUGAGACAGUUGGAGAAAAAACCUUGACUGAUCUGUGGGACUGCAAUAUAAGUACUUCAAGAAGGAAACAUUCUCUGACAGAGUCUACGGCUGAGACAGCGUCAGACAAACUAGGCACAGGGGAAAUUAAAAUUGAUGUGAUCUCCCAAAGCAAGGAAAAGCAAGGAGAGAAAAAACAAGAUGCAUUUGAUAAGAAAGGUGCAAAGAAGUCUAAGAAAGGGACUAAAGGUAUCAAACAAAACAAAAAGAAAGGGAAAACAGAUUCUGCCACUGCGGAAAAAGUUGACUUUCCAGAGCCACUUGUAAAAGCUCACCAAGCUGCCUAUGCCUAUUUGAAUCCAAGCAUUUCCAAAUAUGAGGUUUUGCUUAGCCUUCUCGACCAAGCUGCUCAGACCCAAAUCUCCUUGCAGCCCAUGAUAGCAUUUUUGGCCCUCCGUUAUGAGGAGAUCAACAAAGGACUGGAGGAGAUGGUCGAUGAAGGAGAGAAGUUUUUGAAGGAAAAUGGUGAACAUUUGGCUUGGACUUCUCAUAUGAAAAACCUCUCCUCCUCCAGUGCUGCCAAAAAUGGAUCAUUCUCUACAGCUGCUGAGCCACCACCGGAUCUGUUACAACAGCUUCUUCAGUAUACAAUUCAGAGAAUGCAGUUGGUAGGGAAAUCAGUGAGUGGGAUUGGGGACUCUGCUCUUGAAGAGGCAGUGGAUUAUUUUUCCUCUGUGUCUGAAGCUCUGGAAACAAAACUGAAGGCAAAGCGAGCAUCUGAAGCUCGGCUAAUGCAGUUGUUGACUCGUAUUGAAGCUGCAUCUCUUCGGAAACCUGGUCCAGAGGAUUCAACGUUAUUCAGUGAAGAUAGUGGUAUUGGAGCAGAGAGUGAGUCACUGGCCGGGUCAGAAAGGCAAAGGAACCGGCGAGAGAGUUGUGAGUCAACUGGAACCAACCGCACAACACCAUGCAGUCCAAGGCACCAAAGCACUUCCAGGUACAGAUCAGUCAAAAAAAUGAGUACCAGCAGCUCUCUCAAUUCCAUUUACUCGACAUGUACUACUACAACCAAAGGUCACCAAGAUACAGACUCACUAACUGGGUCUGCAUCCUUGGAUGAUGGUGAGGGUGAGGAAGAAGAGGAAGAGGAGGUGGAGGAGGCUGAGGCCAACCAAGAAAAUGGCUGCAAUAAAAUCAUCAGGAAACAGUCCAACUCCUCUUUACCAGAUCCUUGUCAGCAACCGCGUCGCCUGCCAGCUAAGCGUAUAGAGAACCCACAAAAUGUAGAGAUGACACUCAAAAUGAAAAAUGCUCUUAGUGGCCGGAUUCGUUUUGUGCCUUCACAGAGCUUAAGCAUUAAAGUAAAACAGCCUAUCAGCCCAAAAACCAAUGGACAGCACUGGACUGAGGAGGAAGAGAAAACUCUCAAAAGACCUCAGACAGCUGGUGUCCGUACACCAAAGAAAAAGACCUCAGUGACCAAACAAUGUCGUUCAAGGUCAGCAGAUUCACUUCGUACUAAAACAGAGGACCCUACAUUACUUGAGCUUGAGAGGACACAACAAGAACUUACCAAAAAAUUGGAGAAGAUGAAUAAAAUGACAUCUGAGGGAAAUAUCAGGAAAGGUUCUUCGAAACAAGACCAUGGACAGAACAUCCAAGCAACCCCACCUUCACCAAUACGUCGACCCCAUCCCUUAAACAGAAGUCUCAGUCCUCUCAUCAAACAAGAAAAAAAUAAUCGAAUUAUCAGGCAAGCCAGUGAAGAAAAAAAGGAGAAGAGAGCUGAAGAGGAAGAAAAGAAAGAAAAGAAAGAGGAACAGAAUUUUGUUAAUGGGCUCUUAAAGGCUACCCCACCCCCUAGCCCCCCACCAUCACCACAUCAAUCUUCAGGGCUCUACAGAGGCAGGAAUUCUGUCAAGAAGCUUAUUGUUACUUUCAGUCAAGGUGUGGAAGAAAGUAAAAAGGGUGUGGAAAGCACAAAAAUGCUUGGACCGCUCAAAGGAGUCAGAAAAUGUGGUGUUCCCAUUAUUCCUGGCUUAUGUGGUGAAAUACCAUCGUGUAAUGAAAAUAAUGAUAGUAGUAACAGUCAGAGGCAGUCUAGGACAUUUGAAAGGACAGAGUAUCUUGAUCUGGAAAGUCUACCACCUCCUCCUCUGGAAGUGCUAAUGGAUAAUUCUUUUGAGAGUGCACAAACGAAUGAAACAGAGGAAGGGCUUGUAAAAAGGGGGCGAUCUGCUACACCAAAGAGGACUACCAUGUCGCAGAGGCUUCGUGCAUCCAUGCAAUCAGUGACAGUGCUUCCUAGUAAGGGAAAUUUGAGGCAAAGCUCAGUUAGCAUGUCUCCUGCUCGUUCUACACGCCAAGAUAACAAUGUAGCAGCUAAAGGUAGUCAUCUGAAUACCAGAAAGACAGACCAAGAGAGUGAAGAAGCUGCCACUCUUUACAAGCAGGCCAGGAAGAUCAUCCACUUGCGGCAUUCCACAGAAUCUCCGACAGAGAAAUGUAAUGCUGAAACACGGCCCAGUAAAUCGGCUCCCAUUUGCGGUAGCACAGCAUCAAAACAGAGGGGCAACAGCCCACCCGAAGUAGUGCCUUCCACUUCAGUAGUGAGCAGUCAGCCAAAUGAGGUCCUGUCCACAUCAAGAAUUCGAAUGCUGCCUUCCACACCUGUUUUACACCGGAGACUACCCAGUCCUCCUGUUUUUAAAAGGCAGCCUACUUCCCCUACUUCAUCAAGCCCUCCAACCUUUCGCAAACUUCCUACACCACCAACAAACAGCCAGCGGACACUUCCUAGCACACCAGCUACAAAGUCAGAGGUUACCCCUGCCCCCAAACCUGUCUAUCCCUUCAAGGCCCCAUCCCCCCCUGCCUCUCCAAAAGUUCACAGAUGGUCUCGGGAAAACAGUAGCGAGGACUCUUCUUCUAAGGUGUUUAGCAAUGCACGAUCAGUAUUCUGUCCAGCCUCAUCCUCUUUGUUUGAGGCUCAUCCUUUACCUGUGCCAAGGCCUCCACAGAGAUGGACUUCCACUGGGGGCUGUGUGCUUCCCCGUCCUUGGGGGGACCAUGGUAGAUUGCCUGUUUCUGUAAGGGGGCCCCAGCCUUUUGUUCGACGCAGUCUGUCAGACAGGAGGCCUAGUCUAAGCGUUCCUCCAAAGGCUCCAGUUGUUUCUAUUGCACAAACUUGUGGGAGUGAACCAGCACUAAGCACUCAAGGGCUGGAGGACUAUCAAGCCAGAGAGGAGGAGGCUUGGAAUAGCCAAUCAGAACUUAAAGCAACUUCACGCUCCGCCUCACAUCCAGACCUGUGCAUUGUCGGUCAGGCCUUACAGCGUGAAUGA